GGUGGGGGCGGGGGCGGCGCCCCCUGCGCCCACACCUGCGCCUCCCGCGCCGCGCCGCCCCCGCCCCCGGCCCGCCCGCGCCCGCCCCGCGCCCGCCGCGCCGCCCGCGCCUCUCCCGCGCUGCCGCCUCUCCGAGUUCGCGUGCACCGCCGCCUGCGUGCCCGCCUCCAAGUACUGCGACCAGUCGCCCGACUGCGCCGACGGCUCCGACGAGCCCCGCGGCUGCUCGCCGUGCAACCGCACCUACUACGGCGACGUGGGGCGCGCCUACGAGCUGGAGCUGCACCGGCCGCGCGAGGACCGCCUGCCCUUCCUGACGUUCGAGAGCUUCUCGCUGGGGCGGUUCGUGUCGUGGACGGCCGACGGCUGUCCGGACGGCGCGCUGUCCAUCGCGGAGGCGGCGCGGCCGGCGGCGGGCGGCGCGUGGUGCGGCGCGGCGUGGGGCCCCUCGCGGGCCGUAUACUUCAGCGAGACGAGCGCGCU